ACGCGGAGCCUGUUGGGAAAUGAAGUCUUUUCUCAAAGAGCUUGUGGCUCAGCUGGACCGAGGCCCUGGCAUCCUGGCGAACUGGAGGCUUUGGGAGCGAGCAGGACGUGGCGGUGGAGCCCGAAUUUGAGAGUGUGACCUUUCUGAUGCACAGCGGGCCUUCGAGGCCCUGUGAGCGGAAAGCGUCCUGCAAACUUGCGGAAUCCGCUUGCGCUUCGUCGGCGCCACAGCCCACCUGGGCUGUGUUCCUGACCCUAGCAUACGUGCCCCAAGCGGGGCGGAGCCAGGAUGUGGGGGCACCCCGAAACCCGCCUGCCGAACUUGGGGGCAAACUGAGGAAAGAGUAUUGUGACGGGUAUCUGGAGUUCAAAGGCCAGGGGUCACUGUAGCGAGGAGUUGUGGGGGGUUGAAAGUGGGAGGGGUGCUAAGGGGAGACUCAGGGACUGAAUACUCAGGGGACAGAUUUGUGGAUAAACGGCUUGGAAAGAGGAGAAGUAGGGGUGGGCGUUACAGUGCUGGGGGAGUCUGGGAGACUUAGGAGAGAAGGGGAAAGGAGCGAGAGAAUAUCCAUCCAUUGCCAGACUUCACGCUUGUCACUGUCGGUCACUUAGCUGAUCUGUCCCCCACCCCCCGAGUUGCAACCCCAGCUAUUUGCAGGGUGAGAGGAUGGCUUCUCCCUCUAGACAGCCCCCCCUCGGGGGGUCAGGACUGCUUCAUGGGAGCCGGACUCGUUCUUAUGGAAGCCUGGUACAAUCGGCCUGCUCCCCAGUGAGGGAAAGACGCCUGGAGCAUCAGCUGGAGCCCGGAGAUACCCUGGCUGGACUAGCACUCAAAUACGGUGUGACGAUGGAACAGAUUAAGCGUGCAAACCGCCUUUAUACUAAUGACUCCAUCUUCCUGAAGAAAACCCUCUACAUCCCCAUCCUGACAGAGCCCAGAGACCUGUUCAAUGGCUUGGAUUCUGAGGAAGAGAAAGAUGGAGAGGAAGAGGUACAGCCAAGUAAGGAUGAAGUGUGGCCUCACUCAGCUGAGAGGAAGAAACAAGAGACAGGUUCUGGACAUGCCAAUGGUGAAGCCCUCCCCACAUCUGGCCAGGCACCCCCCACACCAGUCCACGACCUCUCUGCCUCUGAUUUCCUUAAGAAGCUUGAUUCCCAGAUCAGCCUGUCAAAGAAGGCUGCUGCCCAGAAGCUGAAAAAAGGGGACAGCGGGGUACCCGGGGAAGAUGCAGGUCUUCACCUGAGCUCCCCUCGGAUGCAACAACGAGCCGUCCUAGGUCCCGUGCCGCUGACCCGGACCUCGCGCACCCGGACACUACGGGACCAGGAGGAUGAAAUCUUCAAACUCUGAUGACUCAGAACUGAUUAAAAGAAGCAAGAUAUUGUGGAACAGUUUGAGGGGGAGGAGCCUGAGGUGAGGCUCAAGAACAUGGGUUCUCCCUCAAGUCUGCCUCCCUCCACUCCUACCAUCUGCCCAGCCUCCUUGUCCUUCAAGAAGUCCUUGGCCGGAGCAGUCUUAUUGUCAAGAGUAGGGAAUAUGGGGACUAGACGCUUUCACAGUUGUUGAGCUGAAUCUAAAGUUGUUCUUUAGAUUCAAAAGGAUCUUUUUCUACCCCCUGCUGCCUUUCUUACUCCUAUUACCACUCCCUGGCCUUAGGACAGGGAAGCGGAGCCUCCCCCUGAACUUCCUCCUCAUCUCAGACUCUGUUACUAAUUUAUUUGGUGCUAUAUUGAAGUCAUAUUUAUUUGCUGUAUCCUGUUCCUUCCCACUCUUUGCAGAAAAAUGGGAUUUCUAGAGCCCUGGGGUGAGGCGAACCCAGGAAUAGUGCACCAGGGGCUGCUCCUUCUCCAACCCCUGGCUCCUUAGCCAAGCAUGUCACUGAGGAUGGGCAGUCAGAGAUCGAGCCCCGCUACAGAGAAUGGCAGACUGCCGGCCCUUUCCCCAAACUCAAGUAAAGGAUCGGGCUCAGUCUUGACUAACCAGUUCCCUAUAACUUUUUCACAACUCUUGCUCUGAGAAAAAGCAAUGUAAGGACCUGAACUCUCCAUCCUAUGGGUUCACCCUUCUUGGUGGGGCUAAGGACAGGAGGACCGCCUGGGGGUUUGAGGACAGUUGCCGGAGUGAGCUCUGUGCAUCCCCCCACCCUCAGAGCCUGUCUAGCUGGGCCUUGCUGCUCACUGUGUAUUUAUUUGCAAUUUGCAAUUUGUAGCACUGAUCUGUGGUACAGUUUGUCGUUGUUUCUUAAACACAAGAAGUAGGCAAGGGAACCUCACUGAUGCUGGAACCUGGCUCAGUGUCCUGUGGAGGUGGUGAGAGGCGAGUGGAGUGCUGCUCUUCUACCGCCUUUCCUCCGUGCGGGUCCUGCUGUCAGAAGCUGGAGAGAUUAAACAUGAGCCCUGGG